CUUAUAAUAAACUUGUAUUGGUGUAAAAAUGGGAAUUAAAGAUCUCUGGACAAUAUUGACACCAUUCUGUGAAAGAAAACCGCUUUACGAACUACAAGGAAAGAAUGUUGCUGUUGAUCUGUCAGGUUGGGUAUGCCAGGCUCAGUGCAUAGCUGAUUAUCAGGUGCAGCCUCGAAUGUAUCUUAGAAAUUUAUAUUUUCGAACAUGCUAUUUGCUUCUGCAAGAAGUCAAUCCAGUGUUUGUGCUGGAAGGGAAAACCCCAACAUUGAAGUACAAAACAAUUGCAGCAAGGAAUGCAAUACAAUUCAAGGGUGCAAAGCCCAGAGCUCCAGGUUCCUCAUUGGAGAAAGGCCGCACAAGGUUUAAUCAUGUUCUGAAGCAAUGUGAGGAAAUGCUGAAGAUUAUGGGUUUGACCUGCAUCACUGGGAAAGGUGAAGCUGAAGCAAUGUGUGCUUAUUUAAAUGAAGCUGGGUUGGUGGAUGGCUGUGUGAGCCAGGAUUCAGAUUGCUUUGCCUAUGGCGCUAAUGUGGUAUACAGGAACUUUUCUAUAUCGCAGCAAGGCGUUGCAGCAGCUUCUGGUGGAUCUAUUGACGUAUACGAUAUCAGAUUGGCUACAAAAACCAUCGGGUUUGGCAGGAAUAAAGUCAUAAGUUUGGCUAUACUCUGCGGAUCAGAUUACAACGAAGGCGUUUACGGUGUCGGCAAGGAUUCAGCAAUGAAAUGGUUCGCCAACGUCACCGAAGAUGAAAUCCUGGAAAGAUUGAGACUCUGGAAGAAACUUCCAUGCCCCGAUCCUAAAAAAAUCUGCAGUAGGUGUGGCCACGACGGACCAACUGCAUCACAUAGUAAAAACGGAUGUAGAUUGUGUAAAACUAACAAAAGCUGCAAUGUGUCGGAAAACUCUAUUAAAAACGAGAUUGCGAUUCGCAGCAAAGCGAUCCAAUGCGAGGAUUUUCCAUAUGAAGACAUUGUUGAUGAGUUUCUGCGUCGGAAGGACAAUGUGGACAAGUUAGAUGUUAAAUGGUCGCAACCUGACAUGAAAAAAUUUAUCCAAUUUACGACAAAGUUUCUUCAGUGGGAAGAAUUGUAUUCAUUUGAAAAGUUUUUACCUAUUUUAACACGUUGGAUUUUGCUGAAGAAUGUGGUGAUUUUUCAGCCGCAGUCCAUUAAGAAACGUAGAAACAUCAAAGGUGUUGGAAGUUUCGAAAUUAAUUGGGAUUGCGACAAUUUAGUAAAAUUGAUACCCAAGGAGCAACUGGAGGGAGUCGAUUUGAUUAAAUUGUGCUCAACCAUUGAACCGGAUGUAUUGGUAGCCAGAAGGUUUCCGAACAUGGUGGAGGAAUUCGAAACUUCUAAGAAGAAACCGGUCAAGAGAAAAGCCAAAAAACCUGCGGCAAAUACGUUGGACAAGUACCUGAAUCUGGAUGCUUCCUGUUUUGGAGACGAAGAUGAUGAAUGCGAUCUAUCCCUAAUCGUCGAUGGAAUCAUUUCGAAAGGUUUGCCGGAAGUUGUUAAGGAGAAAUUGAAAGAGAUGAAAGAAGAUAAAGAGCGCGUGGACAGCUUUUUUGUUGCGCCAAGCGACGAUGCAGCUGCCGAAGACCUUUUCGAGGCUAGUUUUAAUUUCAUUACUGAUGUUGGCGGUGAUGAUGAUGAUGAUGAUAAGGAUGGAGAUAGUGAUGAUAGUUUCGAUGAACGUUACGUUCCAUUACUGGAGCGAUUGAAAAAGAACUAAGGUAAUUCAUUUUGUUGUAUUUUUUUUGUUUCUCCCCUUGCGCCGGAGAGAACAUAACAAUAGUAUAUUCAAAUAUGUU